AUGAGCCAGGAGCUGCUGCUGCUGCUGUCCCUGGUGGGGGUGGCUGCCCAGUAUCCCUGGUACAUGGUAACCCAGCCCAAGUCCCUGUCGGCGCCGGCCGGGGGCUCCGUCACCCUGCCCUGCGCCUUCACCUACCCCCGCGAGAUCGAGCCGCUGCAGGACCUCCGGGUUUACUGGAGAUGGGGGGGAUUCUAUGGCGAGUUGAUCUACAAUCACACCGAGGGGCUCACCCACCCGGAUUACAGGGGCCGCAUCGUCCUGGUCGGGGACCCGCGGGGGAACCGAACGGCCUCGAUCCGCAUCGACCGGCUGCGGGAGUCGGACGCCAGCAAGUACGUCUGCAACAUCAGGGUGCAGAAGAACGAUGGCCAAUGGGAGCAAUGGCGCGGUCACCCUGGGAUCCAACUCACAGUGACAGCUCCCAGCCCCACAGGCAGCACACGGCACCCGGAAAUGGUCACAACUGGCAUGGGGAGAACCUACUCCCAACGCAUCGACGCCGUAAUCCUCGUCCUCAUCGGCCUCGUCCUGCUGCUUUCCAAGGCCGGCGUCUUCAUCGUGGUCUUUGCCCUGGGCCGGCGGCUGGGCUGGGGUCACGGCUCAGAGAGCGUCACCGGGCAGGUGCCCAGGAGCGACGCACCAUCAGCAUCAGGAUUUGAACUCACCUCCCUGGUGCAGAGCCCUUCGCCAGGCAUCGCCGGGGAAUGACACCAUCGAGCAGCAGUAGAACGGCUGUUAUCCUCCAGCAAAACACCCACUAGCCGGAGCAGAGAGGGAUGGAUAGUGUGCAUGGAGCGGAGGGGGGAGUGUGGAGAUAGAGCGAUAGA